UCUGAAUCGAAUUCUAAUUUAUUUGCACACAUUUUUCUCUGAUCUUGCACGGAGACGACGACGAAAGAAUGCAGUUCUUCGGUGGAUCCGAGAUAUCUCCGUCGCCACAGGUACCGACGGCGAGUGGAAACAACGCGCACAUGAUGUACGUUUUCAACCGCAACGGCGUGUGUCUCCUCUACAAAGAAUGGAACAGGCCUCUUCACACGCUCAACCCUCAGCAAGAUCACAAGCUCAUGUUCGGUCUUCUCUUCUCCCUCAAAUCCCUCACCGCCAAGAUGGAUCCCGUCAAUGCGGAUAAGGGGAAUCUAGGGGUUCCACAGUUGCCAGGACAAGGAUGCUCUUUCCAUAGUUUCCGUACGAAUACGUACAAGCUAAGCUUCAUGGAGACUCCCUCUGGUAUUAAGAUUAUCUUAGUAACUCAUCCAAAGACUGGAGAUUUGCGCGAAUCCAUGAAGUACAUUUACGGUUUAUACGUUGAAUAUGUGGUGAAAAAUCCUAUCUACAACCCAGGAUCUCCAAUCAAGUCAGAGUUGUUCAACACUGCACUUGACCAAUAUGUGAGGAGUAUCUCAUAGUGUUGUGUGCAUUACAAGAUUUGGCAAUUUGGAACUUCACAGAACUUUUGUCUUGAAUAAAUUCUAUGGAGAAGAGAGAAUUGUAGUAGAGAGACCGAUCUCGUGUCAAGACUGUUUUUUCUCUGCGAAUGUUUGUUUUGCGUUUUUAAUAUAACUAGAUUUUGACCCGCUCGACCGAGUGGAUAUCAAUUUUCAUUUUUUUCUUCGUUUAUAUUGAAUAUUAUACAUGGUUUGUAAUGUAUGUACUAAUACCAUAUAUUUAAAAAUAACAAUGUACUUAGUUACAUCAAAUAUUUUUUUUGUAUA